AUAUCUCGUUCUAUAAUUUAUGUAUUUGUUAUGAAUCAAUUAAACAUAACGUAGUGUUUGAAUAUUUGCUUAUUAUCGAAUAUCCUUGUCAAUUGUUUUCUUUUUUCAAAAAAAUAAGUUGAAAAAGAGGCGAUACUAAUAAGUUCGUAAAUGACUACCAUAAAUGUGAUCCUUCAUUAUGUACUAUCGUAAAUAUAAUUAUAGAUAAUAUGAUUAUUCUUUCUUAUACGUAUGCAUUAUGAUAUCUUUGUACAUAAGUACGUCGAUCAAAAGUAAGAUAAAAGUAUAAAAAUUCCCAAGGCUAAGGAAAAAAAGAACAUCGUUCUAAGAAAUACCAUUCACAUUAUUUGAAUGACGUGAUAGGGAAAAUCGCACGCUCACUAAAUACUUGGAAAAUGAAUGAAUGAGAAUAGUGGAAACUCAGAUGUGAACGUGGUCUAUUAUAUUCGAGUGAAGAGAUUCUGAUAUUUUAUUAUUUCGACUAGAUCAAGCAAGGUUUCUUCGUUCGUUUAAGGCACCGUCGAUCAAGCGAAAGUGUUUGUGGGAGUGUCAAUAUUAAUCAAGUGUUGUAACAGUCGCGAAGCAGAAGCAAAAUGACCGAUAUAGACGAAUGUUAUAAUUUAGCGAGUGAAUUAGUUCUGUUAGCAGGCGAGAUAAUACAAGAUUCUAUCAACAAAAAGAAAACUACUCAUUGUAAAAGUAUUGACUGGGAUCUUGUUACGGAAUAUGACCAUAAGAUAGAAGAUGAAAUGAUUAAACGACUGAUCGAAAGAUUUCCAUCACAUAAAUUUAUUGGAGAAGAAAGUGUAGCAAAGAAUGGAUUACCAAAAUUAACAGACGACCCAACAUGGAUAAUAGAUCCUAUAGAUGGCACUACAAAUUUUGUACAUCGAUUUCCACAUACUUGCAUUUCCUUGGCUCUUUUAAUAAAUAAAAAAGCAGAAAUAGGAAUCGUUUAUAAUCCUGUCAUGAAACAAUUUUUUUCUGCGAAAAGAAACUGUGGAGCAUUCCUUAAUGGAAAACCAAUACAAACGUCUCAUAUACAAGAUUUAUCUGAAGCAUUAAUCGCUAUGGAACCAUGGCUUGCCAAAGAUAAAACAUAUUUAGUCAGUGUAUACACUAGAAUGCAUGCUUUAAUUCAAGGAACCCAUGGAAUACGGUCCUUAGGAACCGCAGCACUUACAUUAUGUUAUGUCGCAAUGGGUGCUGUUGAAGCAUAUCAUAUUGAAGGAAUAGAUGCUUGGGAUGUAGCCGCGGGCAAAUUAAUAAUAGAAGAAGCAGGAGGAAUUGUGAUAAGUACAAAUGGAGAUGAAUUGGAUUUAAUGAUUCCAAAAGUUAUAGCAGCUUGCAAUCGAUCCAUUGCAGAACAACUUGUGGAACUUUUUAAAAAAACAGAUUUAAAAUCUAUUAACAAAAAUUUGUAUUAAGUAUAAAUAUAAGUGUAUAUGUUUAGUUAAAAAAUAAUAUUUUAUAUUCUAUGAAUU